AUGCCUCCCCAUGGCGACCCCGCACAGGAAGAGGACGAGGAUGAUUACAUGUCUAUGGUGAUUGAGGAACCCCAACAGAAGGAAUCCUUUACCCAGCGAAAACGCAGACAACAACGAGAGGCAGAAGCCCGCGCCAGGGUUCCCUCCAAAGCCGAACGCGCCGCCGAAGAGGCCGCCCGUCGCGAUGCCGCUCUAUCCACCAGUACAUUAAAUCCCUCCAACAAAGGGUUCCAGAUGAUGGCCAAACUGGGUUUCAAACCAGGAGAGACAUUGGGGAAACGCCCGUCUCCCAACAACAACAAUGAGACUGGGGGCAAAGACGAGGCGCAGCCGCGAGGCCGAGCGGAGCCCCUUAACCUAGUAUUCAAGGAAGAUCGGAGUGGUAUUGGACUGGAGAACGAGAAGAAGCGCAGAUUCCGGGAAGAGGCCGAGGAAGCGGCCAAAAAGGUUAAACAUGAGGAGGGCGAUUACCGGGAUCGGGUUCGGAUUGAACGGGAGACUCGCCGACUGGAGGCGCAAUUUCAUGGUGCGCAGAAGGUCGCAGAACGGUUGGAUACGGAAGCGGAGGAAGGAGAACCAGCUGAAGGCAAGCAAGAUGAUGAAAAUGGAGAAGAUGGGGAUAAAGACAAGCCUGCCGAUGAACCAAGCACUGCACAACCCAAAGCGAAAAAGAUCAAACCGACUCUGCAAAUCAACAUUCUCUACCGGGGUCUGGUGCGCGAACGCCAGGAGCGAGACCGUGACAUACAGGCUCGACAUGCGCUACAAAGCUCUCUCCCUUCCUCAUUCUUUCCUACGCCCCAGCUUCCAGGUUUCGAUGAUCCAACAUUAGAGCGAGAGGACAAGGAAGCACUGGGAACCGCCCGACGUGAACCUUCUUCUAUUGUUGAAGAAGAAAUCGAGGAGGAAGAUCCGGAGUUGGACGAAUUCAACUCCCUGGAACCAGCUGAGCGGUUGAACCGGUUGGUUCUAUACCUACGCGAAAAACAUCAAUACUGCUUUUGGUGCAAGUAUCGCUAUGAGACCGCGGACAUGGAAGGAUGUCCUGGAACUACAGAGGAAGAUCAUGAUUAA